AUGGGCUUAACAACAUCACCAAGGGUCUUUACCAAAGUAAUGAAACCUGUAUUUGCUUCACUCAGAGCGAAAGGUCAUAUCAGUUCUGCAUAUAUAGAUGAUUCUUGCUUACAAGGAUCCACAUUUACCGAAUGCCAGACAAAUGUUUCAGAUACAGUGGAACUCAUGGAUUCGCUAGGAUUGACAGUACAUCCAACAAAAUCAGUUUUGAUACCAUGUAAACAAAUCACAUUUCUAGGUUUUAUCCUAUGUUCUGAAACAAUGUCCAUAAGAUUAACCUCAGAUAGACAGGAAGAGUUGAUUAGCCUCUCUUAUUCUGUUCUUUCAAAAAAGUCUGUAACAAUACGUCUUUUUGCUAAACUCAAAGGAAAAAUGGUGGCAGCUGAACCAGGAGUGGAAGCUGCUCCUUUAUUCUAUAAACCUCUAGAAAAAAUCAAAGACAAAUGCAUCAAAAUUGCAAAAGGUGACUUUGACAACUAUAUGAAAAUUCCAUCAUCAGUCAGGUCAAUUAUUUCUUGGUGGAUAAGCCAUCUCCCUACAAGCAAAAAGCAAGUGUCUCAUGGACAACCUGAAUAUAUUAUCUAUUCUGAUGCCUCAAAAAAAGGAUAUGGCGCCAUAAAUAAAACUACAAACACUUCAACAAAUGGUCAGUGGUCUUUGGCAGAACAAAAUUUACAUAUUAAUAUUUUGGAGUUGAAAGCAUGUCAGUUAGCUCUUACCUCUUUAUGUAAAGAUACUAAUCAGUGCCACAUCAGAAUUUUCAUGGACAACAGCACAAGUUGUGCUUAUAUUAACAAAUUUGGGGGCAAGACAGAUGAACUAAACAACCUUGCUAGAGACAUUUGGCUUUGGUGCAUAGAUAAAAACAUAUUUGUAAGUGCGGCACAUGUGGCAGGAUCUGAAAACAAUGAGGCGGAUACACUGUCAAGAAAAUUCAAUGAUGAUUUGGAAUGGACGCUGAAAGAAAAUAUUUUUCGCAAAAUUAGGGACCAGUAUCCAAAUAUGUCAGUAGAUUUGUUUGCUUCUAGGCUUAAUCACAAGUUAGAAAAGUAUGUUUCAUAUUCACCAGAAGCAAACUCUUAUGCAACAGAUGCAUUCACACUACACUGGGUUCAUGAAUUGUAUUACAUAUUUUCUCCUUUCAGCUUAAUACCAAAAAUUCUACAGAAGUUAGAGGAAGAACAAUCCGAAGCAGUGAUGGUGUGCCCAAUUUGGCCAACACAAGUUUGGUGGGCAUCUCUAACAAAAUUGAUUUGUGGACAGUGCUUCCUUCUUCCAAAUCCCCAGAACAUUCUUUAUCUUCCGCACAAACCAGACAGAAUCCAUCCCCUCAAAAAGAUGCGAUUAGGGGUUUUCAGACUAUCAGGCAAUCGCUCCAAAGCCAGGGAGUACCAACAGAAGCAAUCAACAUCAUACUACAGUCAUGGCGUAAUUCCACCAAAACACAGUACAACACAUAUAUUAAAAAAUGGAUUACAUUUUGUGGGAAGCGCAUCAAUCCCAUUCGACCAUCUGUGA